GGAAGGCUGGGAGGUGUAACCACUGCCUGCGAGAGAGGAGAGCGGGAGGGAAAGGAGAAGGAAGCCAAUAACAGGGAGGUCUAGGAAGGUGGCGGAGGGGGAGGGAUGGGGCCACUCCUCCGUCUGUGGGGCUGCAGAUUAUUUUGCAUGGAUUGUUGAAGAGAAAAGGGAGCUACAUUUGUGGAGGGACCAAAAAAUAAACAGCUCGUUGCUUGGGAUCGUGCAUCUGUCCAGGUGCCUGGCUGCACCUAGUGUGGGGAUGCUGCGAGCUCUGUGACAGCGGGGGAUGCACACGGAUGCACACGGAGAAGAGGUAGUGCCGCGCCUGAGCUGACCGCGGGGAGGGAGCCCGCAAGCGCCGGGAGGACGAGCGGAAUAUGAGCGAGAGCAGGCGCUUUCCGUCGUCUGUGGCAGCCCGCAGCGAGCUGCAUUCCUCAGGCUCGCAGCCCGCCGUGCGAGCCCGCAGCGAUGGGGACGAGCAGCUCGGCGAGCCUGCAGAGCCUGCCAGCGGGAGAGCCGGCCCCCCGGGUGACGCCGAGCCCAGCCCAGCGGCCGAUGAGGAGCGCCGCGGGGACCGACGUCUGGCGGCCUCGACGGGCGAGCGGGAACGGGAGGCGCGCGCCACGAGUAACGGCCGGGGCCGCGAGGAGCCCGCGCUGACCAACGGCGUGGGCGCGGAGCUCGGCGAGGGCGGCGAGGCGGCGAGGCUGCGGCCGCGGGACGGCGGCGUGCCCAGCCCCGGCAGCGUGGAUUCUGGGGAGGAGAGCUCCCCUGGGCCGCAGGCACGGAGCCGGGCCCUCGGCAAGGUGCUCCUGCACGGCUUCCUGGGCUCCUCGGGAGCGCUGAGCGCUGAUGAGCCGGAGGAGCCGCUCGGGUUUGCUGCUGAAGAUGCCAAGCUGAGCUGCAGUGAGGACGACAAGGAACAUUUUCAAUUCAAAGACAUCAGGGAUGGGUUCAGCUCGACCUUUGAGAAGAUUGUUGAGUCUGACCUUAUGAAGGGCACGUACUACAGCAGCUUGGACUCUCUGGAUGUCCUCUCUCUUACAGAUGAGACAGACAGCUGUGUCAGUUUUGAGGCGCCACUCACCCCAUUGAUCCAGCAGCGGGUCAAGGAAAGCCCAGAGCUCUUGGAGCAGAAACUGGUGGCCCAGCAGAGAGAAUCCCUUCAGCACAUGGCUGCUGAUAAGCAAGAGCAGGCAGCAGCAAAGCCAGCAGAGGGGGAUUUUGGGAGCCCUCUCAGGCACUCAAUUACCAGCAGCAGGUCAGAGAAUGUGCUGAGCCGGUUGUCCUUGAAAAAUAUCCCAAAUGGGUUCCAUGUGGAAGGUUCAGAGGAAGACGCCGCCAAGAUCAUUAACUCCAUCAGUGAUGCCAGCUUGAAAGAUGCACUCUCUGACUCUGACUCUGACAUGGGCAGCACGGAGCAGCUUGACCAGGGAAGCACAGACACCUUGGCAAACGGCUGCAGGGCAGACAGUGAGGCUGCAAAGAGGUUGGCCAAGCGCCUCUACAACCUCGAAGGGUUCAAGCGCUGUGAUGUGGCACGGCAGCUCGGGAAAAAUAAUGAAUUUAGCAAGUUGGUAGCAGAGGAGUACCUCAGCUUCUUUGACUUCACUGGCUUGACCCUCGACAAAGCACUCAGGACAUUCUUGAAAGCAUUCCCACUGAUGGGAGAAACGCAGGAGCGGGAGCGUGUGCUGAUUCACUUCUCCCGGCGAUACUGCCAGUGCAACCCAGAGGAGAGCACCUCUGAAGAUGGGGUUCAUACACUCACCUGUGCCCUGAUGCUGCUAAACACAGACCUCCAUGGCCAUAACAUUGGCAAAAAGAUGUCGUGUCAACAGUUCAUAACAAACCUGGAUGGGCUCAACGAUGGGAAGGACUUUGCAAAGGAUUUGCUGAAGACACUGUAUAACUCCAUCAAGAAUGAGAAGCUGGAGUGGGCCAUUGAUGAGGACGAGUUGAGGAAAUCGCUCUCGGAGCUGGUAGACGACAAAUUUGGAGCCAGUGCAAAGAAAGUGACAAGGAUUGUUGACAGCAGCAACCCCUUCCUGGACAUCCCCCAAGCGCUGAAUGCAGUCACCUACAAGCACGGUGUCCUCACGCGCAAAACCCAUGCAGACAUGGAUGGGAAGAGAACUCCCAGAGGAAGAAGAGGUUGGAAGAAAUUCUAUGCUGUGCUUAAAGGGACCAUCCUUUAUUUACAAAAGGAUGAAUACAAACCUGACAAAGACCUCUCUGAAGUGGAUCUGAAAAAUGCCAUCCGUGUGCACCACGCCUUAGCCACAAAAGCCUCUGACUACAGCAAGAAGUCCAAUGUGCUCAAGCUGAAGACAGCCGACUGGAGAGUCUUCCUCUUCCAGGCUCCAAGUAAGGAAGAAAUGCUCUCUUGGAUCCUGCGAAUCAACCUUGUUGCUGCCAUUUUCUCUGCCCCAGCCUUCCCAGCUGCAAUCUGCUCCAUGAAGAAGUUCUGCCGCCCACUUCUGCCUUCGUCCAUGACCAAGCUGUGUCAGGAGGAACAGCUGAGGUCUCAUGAAAAUAAAAUGAAGCAGAUUGCAGACGAAUUAGCGGAGCAUAAAUCACAUCCUGUAGAGAAGAGCCUCAAGUCAAAAGAGGCUGAAGAGUACAGGCUCAAAGAACAUUACCUAAUUUUUGAGAAAAGUCGCUACGAGACAUACAUCAACCUGCUGUGCAUGAAGAUCAAAGUCGGGACAGAUGACUUGGAGAGAAUUGAAACCAGCUUCUUCAAGGUGGAAGCUGACGACAUUGCUUUGCGGAAGACGCAUUCCAGCCCUUCUCUGAGCCAAGGGCAUAUGUCUGUUAGCUGUAAGGUGGAAAAGGACAUAAUAGAGCAGAACACUUAACAAGGAACGUGCAUGCAGGGGGAAUGAACCGGCGGUGCUUUGCGCUCCUGGACUAGAUCAAUGAGCACAAUUUUAUCUAGGAAAUCAUACAAACAAAACCAUAGAAGUGUAUGACACGGUGACUGCUCUAGUGAAAGAAGUCAAAGAAGCUUUAGUUGACACUCCUUGGCAACGCUCUGGCAUUUCAGCAUCAUAGAUACUCCGUCUCUUCUUUGUCCCCAACAGCACCAGUGGCUUUUCUUUCCCUCUUACCGCAGCCUGCACAAUAAAGGGACACGUUUAUUCUCCAGGGCCCGGUUGCUCUCUCCCACCAGCCCUCCUUCCUCCUCCCUGGAGUUUCCACCGGUUCCCGUCCGCAGUUCCCAGCAGCGCAGAAACUCGGCGGACGCAUCGGGCUCUGUGGCAGCAGCAGUGCUGUGGGAGCAGGGCUCAGAGCAGCGGGAGCAGCUGGUGC